AUGAUUGCAGUUUUUUCACAGGUGAAAAAGGGUCAGGAUGCUCCAAUCUAUGUCAUCAACCUUCUUGUCUCUAAUCUCUUUCAACUCUGCUGCAGAAUCCCAUUAGAUUUAGUUAUCUAUAAUGAAGUUAGAGUCAUCUGUUUACAAAUGAUAUAUUUUGGUGUAUUGGUCAGUGUUGGAUUCAUGGUGUGUAUCUCCUGUGAAAGGUAUCUGGUCGUUGCCAAGCCACUGUGGUACAGAUUCAGGAGAAACAUCAAGACAUAUGUGGUGGUCUGCAUUGUGGUCUGGAUACUUCCUCUUCUUUACUAUCUAAUUAUAUUUCUGAUCAGUGUUAAUGCAGCUGUCAUCUUCUGCAUAGUGUUUCUCCUCCUGCCUUUUCCCUUGUUCAUCUUCUUCCUGGUUGGGACUAUCAAAGCUCUCUCUGGAGCUCUCAAUGUCCCAGCAGAUGAAAAACGACGAAUCACAGCCAUUCAGGUUGUGGUGCUGAUUAUUUACACUCUGCUAUAUCUGCCCAUCAUCAUUUGGCUCCUAUGUGAAAUUGGAGUAUUGGAUGGAGAAUUCUACUUCAUUUCAUCUACUGUAGCAUUUGUUUGUGGUGGUUUUAGUCCUCUUGCAGACGCAACUUUAUAUUUGCUCAGUCGGAAAAGCAUCCUGGAUAAGUUUCUAGCUUUAAUAUGUUCAUGUAAAAUAUCUAACAAUCAGGAGACGAGCAGCACAGACCAUGAAAGCAGCACUGUAACAACUACUGAGCCUGUUUAG